AUGAAUAGAGUAAUAACAUUUGGGUUUGCCACAUAUGAAUCAUUGGUUUAAAAAUUGAAUAGUGUAGAGAAUGCGAGUAGUCUCUUCCGAUUGUAUGAAGAAAACAAAGAAUCAUUUAAACACGAACAUGUAGUGUUAUCUUUGAGAGUGCUGGGCAGAUUUAGCCGUUAGAUUCAAUCAGACAAUAACAUCUCUGAAAUUACAAGCAAAUUGAAUGAUAUGGUUGGUCAAUUGUCAGAAUAUGAUGUUGUGGAUGUAUUAUUUUGGCUAAGAAAAUUCAGAUCAAAUAGAAUACCAACGAACAUCACCAAUCAAACCCAAAACUAGUUAUUUUAGCGAGUUUAAUAGAUGACUGACAAUUAAAUGUUUUCAUUUAGAAACAUGUGCAACAUUUACUUUGAUUUAUCAACUCUAAACCAUUAUAAUGAGACUCUUGUUAAAUCUAUAUCAGAACAAAUGUUAAAAUCUAAAUAACUGUCUCCAUUCCUCAUAACCCAAUUGCUGAGCACUGUAACCAUCAAAAUAAAUCAUUGCAAUCUCUCUAAAUACGAUUAAGUAAUCCUCACCAAUUCCAUCAAACUAUUAGAUGAUCUAUUAGACAGCUUUGAUAUUGAAUAAAAAUCCCUGUUAUUUAAGGUUUGUGCUGAAGUACAAUUUUAAAACCUUCCUCCUAAAUUCUAUUUGCCAAUCUAAGUCAAAAAGAUCAAGGAUUAAUUAUUAGAGAAAGCGGUAUAGCUCCCAGAAGAGUCGGUUAUCAAUAUUUUCAGGGCCUAUGACUAUCUUCCAAGAUAAUUCGAAGUCGAUCUCCUAAGGGAAUUAAAAGAUAAGAUUUUGACUACUUUGGAAUUGAACCCAUCCAAUUUAUCUAAUAGAUUCUUGAUUUAGAUUGCAGAGAGAAUGAUUAAGAUGACCAAUCAGAGAAUACCUUAAGAUGCAAUCAAAAAAGUACUAAUUGAAGUGUGUAGCAGAAUUUCGAAUAAGACUAUCGAUGCUUCAUCAAUGAGUUCAUUGAUAAUGGCUUUAAUGGAAUACAAGAAAGUAGAUGAAGUACUCAAAACCCUUUAAAACGUCGAAGAUAAAAACAUUAAAGUUUUGAAUUACUUAUUUAUUAAUGGGAUUAACUUGAAGGAACAUGUGGACAAAUUUAUGCAAAAUUAUGAAUCUAAAAAGAUCCCUUUCAAUUUGGCAGUCUAUUAUACUGUGUAUGCUAAUAGAGAUGCAAAGGAACACUUGCUAACCCUCAUUACAGUAAUCAGAGAGUAAAUCGAAAAUUAUCCACUGUAAGCCUUAAAGACACUGAAAGACAACGAACUCAAUUUUGAAAUCAAAUAUCAACUUCAAGAGGAAGCCUAUAUGAAAUUGGUGGAAUGUGUAUAAACACAAAAAUUUGAUUUCCUUAGAGUUUGCAGUGAAUUAAUUAAUUGUUGUUGCAAUGCUAAGUGUAGAGAGGCUCUCAUUAAUCUAUAUGAUGAAAUAUUUUAUCUGGUGAAUAUUAGAUAGAUCAUGUAAAGACUAGUUUAAGAAGGGGAUUCAUUUGAUUCUGAAUCGCUUUCCGUCCUUAUUUAUAUUUUUUAAAAGGAUCCAAAAAGUAUCCCAAUUUAAAAAUUUGUUGAUUAUCUGACACUUAACUCACACAAAUUAAGAGAACUCAUCAAAAGCGAUCAAAUCUAAAAUGUCACAAAAUUAUUGGUUAGUGCCUAUUAUACAUAACCGGAAUAAAAACAAUAUUCAAUUGUCAACUUUGCAAAUAGAUUUGAGAUUGCAGGAUAUCAUAGUAAAUUUGUUACUGCUGCAAUCAGGAAGAUUUCAGAAUAAUUCAAAAGGAAUAAUCCUUAUUCUCCAUUUCCAGACCCUAUGUUUGUUUAUUUACUUAUCGAUCAUAAUAUAUUGAAUCCUGAAGAGGCUGCUAUUCAAUUAAACAAUGAAAAUUUUCAUCAUUAAAUGAAAGUUCAAUUAUGUGGUAUUGCAUUGUCAGCCGAAAGGGCUCCUUAGAAUGUGUAAGAGUUAGGAGAUAAAAUUAAAGAGGAUUGCUUCAAGGCUUUGGAGAAGGAAGUCAAAUAUUAAACAGUAUUGGAAUUGAUCACCUUAGGUAAUUUAUCACCUUAGGAAUUGCUUAGUAUCUGUACUACUCUAUAAACACUUUUGCCUUACUUGUCAACUAAAUAAUAUUUUGAUCUAAUCAUGUUUGCCAAAGACCAUUUCAUUUUAAGGGAGUUGUCAUUAUACUUCGGGGAAUUUUCUAGAAAACUAGGUAUCAAUCGAAUCAUAAGAGUUGCCGAUAAAUUUGCAAGAUUCUAAAUCUAUUCUAGAUCAGCCUUCAAUGUUCUCCUUGAAACUUAUGGAUAUUCAUUUUAUUCGGUUUACAAUGAAUAAAGAAUAUAGAUUUUAGAAAUCUUCUCCUUAGCCAAAAUCAAAUAAGCUGAUCUAUUCAAAAGAACCCUAGAAUUGAUCAAAUAGCGACCUUCAGCAUAUAAAAACUUUUAUUUUGAAAUUAUUGAUAGUGCCAACAUUCUAGGAUUUGUUGAGUCAGAAUUCGUUGAUCUCAUUAAUUCAAUAAUAGAUAAAACACAAUUGUCAAGAGUUACUGCACUCAAAUUGAUGUAAUAUUAUGUCCUAGCAGAUCAACCUAUUGAAGAGAUCGAAAAGAUUGCAGAAAAUAUAGUUGAACCUAAAUAUAGAGACUCUUUUAAGAGUGCUAUGGUCUAUGAAUUAAUGCUCAGGAAAUAUCCAAACUCACCUGCUACCAGAUUGAACGAGAACUUCCUCAGUGAUGAGAUAUUCUCAAAGGCAAGGUUCUAAAUUGCCUAUGCCAAUCAAAUUCCUUCUUUUUAAUUUUAAUACUGUGUCCAAUUUCUAAAUUUAUUAGGUAUUCAAUUCGAAAGUAAUAAGAGAAUUGAUGGUAUUAAUGUUCAAUUGUACUUGCCUUCAAUUGAAUCAUCUCUCUUUAUAGCUAGUUAAAGUUCAUUAUGCUUCGAUUAUUAAGAAUUGAAUGGAUUCGGACUCUUGUAAGUAAAAUUGAUGUAAACCCUCACAAAAUAGGUUAUUGUCCUUAAUUUUAAAUAAUUCAUCUUAUUUCAAUCCGAUGAAGAAAGAAUAACUUAUUUGAAGGAUUUAGGCUUGCCAAUCACAGUUGAUCUAGCCACAGUUGAUUACAGUACUCUAGAAUUACAUUGUAAUAUUGAAUAGGAUAGACUUCCACACCAAUUAUCCAAACAACAUCAAAGAAGGUAGUUUGGAGUAUAGAAUUAUCUUCAAGAUUUUUAACAACUUGAUAAGGAAUGA